UUUAUUAUUAUUUAAAAAAUAUUCACGCACAGAGAGAGAGAGAGUCCCUUUAGCAGCAGCAGGAAUGGAGAGAGAAUGCUCUGACGAAGAAGAAGAUCGGCGGCAUUUGAUAUCCCCGAAAUCUCCGCAACGACGAGCUUCCAUAUUCCAGAUCGAUGACUCCAAGAACAACAACUCUGCUUCUGGUUCUGGUUCUGGUUCUGGUAUAAUGGGUAAUUAUUAUUAUUUGAUGUUAAAGAAGAAGAAAACAAGGUAUAUAUUGGCUAUCACUCUCCCUCUGCUUCUCUUCAUUGUUGUUUUCAUUUAUUAUUUCACCUCCGAUUUCAAAUCCCUUUUCGGUUUGGCCCCACCCGCUUAUAAUAAUAAUAAUGAGGGGGAUAUGAUGCGUGAGUCGGAAUUGCAAGCUUUGAACUUGUUAAAACGGCAGCAAUCGGGUCUUGUUGCUCUGUGGAACCAUUCCGAUUCUUCGGGUUUCAUUAAAUCCCGUCUCCUUGACCAGAUUUCCCUUAAUAACAAAAUCCAGAAUGCCCUAUUGUCCUCUCAUCAUUAUCAUCAUCAACAACCCCCCAUUAAUAAUAAUAAUAAUCUUACGCCGCCGCCUCUUUGUCCUAAAGUGGACCAAAACUUUUCCCAAAGGCGUACCCUCCCGUGGAACCCCAACAAAGAUAAAUACCUCUUUGCCAUCUGCACCUCCGGCCAAAUGUCCAACCACUUGAUCUGCCUUGAGAAACACAUGUUCUUUGCUGCCCUGCUCGACCGUAUCUUGGUUAUUCCCAGUUCCAAAGUUGAUUACGAGUUCACCCGUGUCCUUGAUAUCGACCACAUCAACCUCUGCGUCGGAAGACAAGUUGUCAUCCCCUUUGAAGAUUUCCCCCAACGUAAUAAAAACCGUAUGCGCAUUGACCAAGUUUUAUGUUAUUUCUCCUUGCCCCAGCCUUGUUAUGUGGACGAUGAUCACCUUAAGAAGUUGAAGGCUUUGGGGGUCUCCAUCACUACUGAACUUAACACCGUAUGGACCGAGGAUGUCAAGAAACCAACUCACAGAACCAUACAUGAGGUUACCGAAAAGUUCUCCUCCAAUGCUGAUGUUCUUGCCAUUGGUGAUGUCUUCUUUGCUGAUGUCGAGAAACGGUGGGUGGAACAGCCAGGAGGCCCUAUCGCUCAUAAAUGCCAGACCUUGAUCGAACCAAGCCGCGUAAUCUUGCUAACCGCCCAGCGCUUCAUCCAAACUUUCUUAGGAGACAAAUUUAUAGCCCUUCACUUUCGCCGCCAUGGCUUCUUGAAGUUUUGCAAUGCCAAGAACCCAAGCUGCUUUUUCCCAAUACCUCAAGCCGCAGAAUGUAUUACCCGUCUUGUUGAAAGAGCCAAUAUACCAGUAAUAUAUCUUUCUACGGAUGCUGCGGAGAGUGAAACUGGUUUGUUGCAGUCACUGAUAACAUUGAAUGGGAAGACUGUCCCUCUCAUUACGCGGCCAGCUCGUAAUUCAGCUGAAAAGUGGGAUGCUUUAUUGUAUAGAAAAAAACUGGAUGGAGAUCCUCAGGUGGAGGCCAUGCUUGACAAGACUAUUUCUGCUUUGUCUGCCGUUUUCAUUGGAGCUCCAGGGUCCACCUUCACAGAGGACAUCCUUCGGUUACGCAGAGGAUGGGGAACAGCAUCCGUGUGUGAUGAGUACCUCUGUCAGGGUGAAGUUCCAAAUUUCAUCGCAGGAGAUGAAUGAAGGAGGAUACAUGUGUAUAUCCUAUCCAUGAAAGGGGAAUGUAUACAUUAAUCAUAGUGCAUAGUAAAAGUUUACAUUGUAACAUAUGAUUAACAGUAUUAGCAUUAGAACUUGAUUUUUGGUGCCCACAUGAUUCAUUUUUUCAUUCAGUUAGGAGUUUGUACGAGUGUUUAGUGAGGCAACCCCCGUGCUGUUGGUUCCGCAUGUCAUUUACAAUAGCAAAUACAAAUCUUAAGCUGUUAUGUAUGUUGACCUUUGCCAAGUGUUUGGAUUAUUUACUAAAAGAUUGUUUUAAUAGUUCAAA